CCAAAUCCUGAUGUGCCAUCAGGUUUUUCUAAAUAUUAGAAAUGAAACUCCCCAUGGUUAACCACAUUCUUCCGACGUUGAUUGGGUAAUAUCUGAGAAAGUUGUGACAACUAUAAACUGGUACGUAAUUCGAUGUAUGCCAUUGCCCACGCCCUGUUUAAAAGACGUACGAAGUCGUUACUGAUUAAUCAGUCAUAGUUGAUUGACUGUUAUUCUCGUGUCACCAUGUCGGAUUUGGAGCUUCAGCAACGGAAAGUUCUUAACCUUUUCGAGCGGGUUUCUCAGCCAUUUUCACCUAAACCGAACAUUACUUUUGAAUUUCCGGAUUUUGUGUCUGAUUGGGUCUUUCUUCAGUCUCCAACAGAUUUUUCUCCAAAACCUGGUUUAGUCCCCCCUGGUAGUGCAUCUACUGAUGGCUUGAAUAUCCCCGAAUUAGACCUGGUAAAGACGAUUCCACGCGGAAGAUUAUUCUCGAAUUUUCAUCCAGGCCACCGUGAAGCCGCCUACACACUUGUUAAGAUCUUUAAAGAUGUCCCUACUGUGGCUGGUAUGUUGAAUUUGGCUGCCCAUCCCGAUGUACGCGAUGCUGUAAACGAGCAUAUUUUCGUCUAUGCUUUGUCUGCUGCCCUCAUUCAAAGAAAAGAUGCUCGCUCGUUACGUCUUCCGCCCAUCUAUGAAAUUUUUCCAGGGAAAUUUUUUGAGACUAAAGUGCGAAGCGAAGCACAGACGAGUGUUCAACAGCAAAAAGAGCCGGCCAUUAAACAACCCAUCAUCAUCGAUAAAAACUUUGCAGCUACAAACAGAGUCGUGGAAAAUAGGUUGUCUUAUUUCCGCGAAGACUUGGGUAAGUUGCAUAAUUGUUUUGUUUAUAUAGUAAGAAAAAAUCAUGUUGUACAUUUUAUUUCCCAAGGCAUCAACAGCCAUCAUUGGCAUUGGCAUUUAAUUUUUCCAGUGGAAGCGACAGGAGAAAUCAUAAAUCCACCAGAUCGUCGUGGCGAACUAUUCUAUUACAUGCACCAACAAAUUUUGGCUCGUUAUGAUGCUGAAAGAAUAGCUAAUGGUCUGGCCCGCGUAACGUCAUAUCACGACUGGGACGAACCCAUUAUAGAAGCCUACUUUCCGAAACUUACAAAUGCCAACGGUGCCAUUCAUUGGGCAUCUCGUCCGGCUGGGCUCGUUCUCAAGGACAUUAAUAUUCCCGACGAAGGCGUCGAACUUGGAAUCGAAUUUCAAAUUCAGAAUCUAGAACUGUGGCGCACCCGAAUUCUUCACGCUAUACACAAAGGAUCCGUAGUAAAGGCGAAUGGCGAAGUCGUCCAGUUAGAUGAAACAACGGGUACAAACACCUUAGGAGAGCUCAUCGAAGCGUCGCAGUGGUCUGCCGACAAGUUGUUUUACGGUGAUCUGCACAAUUUUGGACACAUUGCAGUGUGUUAUAUUCACGACCCUGACCGCAGCCAUUCGGAAAACAUGGGAGUGAUGGGCGAUUCGGUGACGGCCAUGCGUGACCCCAUCUUCUACCGAUGGCACAAGUUCAUCGACUCACUUUUCCAGCAAUUCAAAGCCACCUUAAAUCCCUAUACUGCUCAACAGUUGACUCUGGAAGGAAUUACAGUGAACAACGUCGAAGUACGCCGCAACGCUUCUCCUAAUAAUCCCGGGUUAAAUCCACCAAAAAAUCUCAUUAUCACAGGCUGGCAAGAAAGUAUUGUGGAGCUGGACCGCGGUUUAGAUUUCUCAAGCUUGCGUCCCGUCCAAGCACGAGUGACGCACCUGCAGCAUGAAGAUUUUUUCUAUCGAAUACAAGUGACCAAUUCGACAAAAACUACACAAGAAAUUGUGUUCCGAAUUUUUUUGGCACCGAUCGCAGACGAGGCAGGUCGCCCAUUUUCCUUCAGAGAACAACGUCUUCUAAUGAUCGAGCUGGACAAAUUUGUUGUGAGAGUUACCCCUGGAGCUAACAGAGUCAAGAGAAAAUCGGACGAUUCCUCCGUGACGAUCCCGUUUGAACGUACGUUUAGAGAUCUGGAAGCAGCUGCUCCCGCGACACCACUCGCUCCAGGAGGUGUCCCAACCGACUUGCCGACCGACAGAAUGACCAAUUUCUGUGGUUGCGGGUGGCCGGAUCACUUUUUAGUGCCGCGAGGUGCGCCUAACCCAGGAAUGCCCUUCACGCUGUUCGCCAUGGCCACCAGCUGGGAAGAGGAUCGCGUCGUUAAUGGUGAGGACACUAAAAAACUCUGCCGCAAUGCAGCCUCUUAUUGCGGAGUAUUAGAUGAAAAGUAUCCCGACAAGAGACCGAUGGGCUUUCCAUUUGAUCGCCCCCCUGAUAAAAUGAUGACCACGUUGGCGAAAUUUGUUGAAAAGUCGCCUAAUAUGAAAACCACAGAGAUCCGCAUUCAGUUUGAAGAUCGCAUCAUACGUCGAUUUCCCCAACAGUAAAGUAUUGGAACAGUCAUGCUUUCUGUUUCCGUUUUCCACCUUUUUUUACUCAGCCAAUGACUUCUCUCUUCGGCUAUAGUAUUUAACGUUAUCGCCCACAAAAGGAAUUGUCUGCCCUUAAUUUUUCAUUUGCUGAAAGCGGAUGUUGUGAUACUUCCUUAAUCCGUACUAAUUGAAAAGCAUUUCAAGGUACUCGCAUUCUUCGCUUUGCUUGAGGAAGCUUGAUCCUAUAAAGAUCAGAUUUCUUUUACCAUUUACUGCAGCACAGUCUACCAAUUUUUUCUUUGGAUAAAGGCUCUUUUCUCAAGGCUAUGGUGCCCAACAAUCCCCUUCAAUUGCUGCACAAUAACAUUCAUUUGAUUCUUUUCCCCCUAGUUCUUUUCAUUGCUUCCCUUUUUUAGAAAUACAUUUGGAACUCGAAAGCG